AUGGCUCCGAAGAAAGCAAAAAAGAUCUCCUUGAACGAGUUUCUCGGCGAUAGUGGAUCAUGGGCGGAUGAAAUGGAUUCUCUGCCCAAUGCUCCCGCGGUUAGGACUGAUGAGGAGAAUAGCCGUGGAGAUCGCUAUGGUCGAAGAGGAGACGAUUUUUUGAGCAGCCGUCCGGAUCGAGUCGCUGGUCCUCCACGAGAGGAUAUUCCGCUCCCUUCUCAACCCCCUUACACUGCGUUCAUCGGGAAUUUGGCAUUUGACCUCACUGAAGAUGACCUGGGAGCCUUUUUUGAAGGAGCAAAGACAAAAUCAAUCAAAAUCAUCAAGGACAAGGACGAUAAACCCAAAGGUUUCGGUUACGUUGAAUUUGAAGAUCUUGAUGGCUUGAAGGAUGCCCUCACCAAAAGUGGCUCGAACUUUUCAGGAAGGACCGUUCGGGUCAGUGUUGCAGAACCACCUAAAGAGCGUGGUGGUUUUGGUGGAGGAUUCGAGGAUGACUCAAAAUUCGACAACCCUUGGCGCCGUGAUGGCCCCCUCCCUGACCUACCUAACUCUAGGGACAGCUCUCGUCGUCGCUUUGAUGGACCGCCCCCCGACCGUCAGCUCUCCAGCGUCUCCGAGGGUGCUAGUGAUUGGCGCUCUAGCCGUCCUGCACGCCAAUCUGAAGAAGCUCCUCAGUUCAAGCGAAAGGGGUCCGGGUUUCUGCCACCCGACGCUCAGGCUGGUGCUGCUGACAAGGACGAAGUUUGGACGAUUGGAGGGAAAUUCAAGCCUGCAGCUCCCGGCCCAGAUGAAACCCCAGGGAGCAGGUUUGGGAGUUUACGAGGAAAAGGUGAUAUGGGUCCUCCAAAAGAUACGGAUGAAGGGGAUUGGAGGAGUGCGCGACCAAAGCCGGCACAUACCAGUAUUUCUCCUUCUAGCUCGACGCCUCCGACACCCCAACUUGGUCGGCGCAAACUUGAGCUUCUUCCUCGGUCUGGCAACGCCUCCGCUUCCCCAAGCCCCCUGUCUUCCCCUAAAAUGGGUCCAACUCCUCAGGCCUCCAGCGCAUCUCGUUCAAAUCCUUUUGGUGCAGCCAGACCCGUGGACGUAAGCACUCGGGAGAAAGAGGUUGCUGAUCGCCUAGAGAAAGAUAAAGAAAGGCUGCCAAUGUCCCGUACAAACUCGCGUACCGCGACGGAGAGGAGUUCACGAACAUCAACGCCGCCUGCCAACUCCCAAAACAAAAUUCCUUCUUCCCCAAAGCCAUCUAAUUAUGUCCUGGCACCGAAUGUUCGGCCCACACUCAGCUUUGCGAAUGUUGCAGCAAAUAAAGAGACGGUUGAUAGUAAGCCAGAGGACUCGUCCCAUACAACGGACAAGGUGCAGGCAGAGGCUGUAGCUGAGGUAUAA